AUGUUUCCCACCGCCACCACCUCUCCCUUUUCCCCGCCUGGUCUAACAUCUCGUCCACCGCAGGGCAAAACCCCCCCCCUCCGCCCACCCCACCGAGCCGACCUCCCCCUCUGGCUAGCCCUCCUCCUCAAAAAGCAGCGCCGCGCCAACAUCGUCCCCCCACCAUGGCUGCACCCCGCCUCCCUAGCCGACAUUGUCCACCGCGAGACGAAAGUGCACCCUCACGCUUUCUCGGAGCCAAUGCCUACCGCUUCACGAGCGAGACAGUCACAACCUGGUUAUGCGGGGAGGAUAGGUGGGGGUGACAGCAGCGAAGUAAUAUUAAGCCCGCCGUUUCGGAAUAAUUGUACCAGCGCCGCGCCGGCGGGGUAUUUGCCGUACCACUGGUUGGAGGUUGCCGAGGCGCUUAUAACGCACGCGAGCGAUGAUUUGGGGGGGAAUACCAGUGAGAUUAGGGGGUUGUUACGGGAUUUGGUGGAGGUCAGGGCGGCGAAGAUGAGAGAUUCGGCGGAGACGCUGGGGGCGGAAGGACAAGGGGGUGUGGUUAGUCUGCGUGGCGUGGGAGCGAUGGAGUUGGCAGAGAAUAGGGGGUUUGUCUUGGGGGUUGUGGAUGGGGUGAGGAAGAUUGGUGGUGCGGUCGAGACGGCGAGACGAGAAAAAGAGGAAGAGAUGGAUCUGGGUGGGGGAGAUGGGGGCAGGGGUGGUUAUGGUGGGGAUGGGGAUAGUGAUGAUGAUAUGGGGAUCUAA